UGUUGUAAGUUGUAACGAACAUUCCAAUUUCCAAUCAACGUCGGAAACUAAUUAAUUUCUGUAUUCUUGACUCCUCUUCUUUGUUCCUCUCUUUUACAACACCUCUCUUAAUCAAUUCUUCUACUACUAUUCAAUACAUAGUGACACAAACACAAAUCAAACCCACAUGCAAUUCAAUUUUAUUCAAUUUUAUUUGAUUAUAUCAUGAAAAACCCUAACAAGGAUUAUCAAUUUUUGAUUCCCAACUUCACCUGAUCAUUGGGUAUUGGAUUAAAACAAGGGAUCAAGAUGAUUAGGGGGAGGAGUCCACCAAAGCAUCGCCAUGAUGGGACCUCCCCUUUACCUAUGGGGAUGGAUUGGAGUACACCUCCUAAAUAUUGGGGUGGUCGUGACACUGUAUGGCCUCAUGAUCCGUGCUCUGGAUGGAGUUACAGUGUUACCAUUCCUUCUUGGGCAGCGCUUCCAAAAUCAAGUUCAAGUGCUUCGGAUCCUGUUGUGUUUUACAGGGUUUUGAUUGGUGUCCAAUCACCAGCAGGAGUUACAACUACACGAGGAGUAUUGAGGAGAUUUAAUGAUUUCCUAAAGUUAUAUUCCAAUCUGAAAAAGGUGUUUCCUAAGAAAAGCCUCCCAUCUGCUCCCCCCAAGGGUCUUUUGAGAAUGAAGAGCAGGGCUCUUUUGGAAGAGCGAAGGUGCUCUUUGGAAGAGUGGAUGUCAAAGCUUCUUUCGGACAUUGAUAUUUGAAGGAGUAUGGCUGUGGCAUCUUUUCUCGAACUCGAAGCAGCUGCUAGAUCAUCGUUUCAAGAAGCGAGUCAGCAGCCCUCUGAAGCAAAUCCUUCUACAACCAGCAGUAUUUCUUCAGAUCAAAUCCACUCAAUUUUAAGCUUAACUGCCCUUGUUGGUAGUUCAUCAAUUGUGUCAGAUUAUGGUAGUGACAUUGCUUAUGAAACAUCUGAACUUGGAAGUCCGAGUAUCGGGAGAGAUGAUGUCUCGGAAAUCGGUCUAGAAGAGUUAACAUUGGACGAAGAUUCGACAAAUCCAAUCGAAACAAUAGCCAAGUGCAGCAUGUCUAAUAUCGAUGAAGGGUUGUUGAUGGGAGAAAGUAUCCUGGAUCAGUUGGAAAUGUUCAAAACGCAUAAAUUGCUAAGUAAACAUAUUACGGAUAAUGGGAAUGCUUUGAAUUCUGCAACUGUUGAUAGGGCAGGAAGUUCAAUCGAGACGGAUCCUGUUAAACUUGUCAACCAUUUUCGGAAGCCUUCGAAUGAGAGUGUUGGUAGCGAUUUAAGUUCAUAUAGAGGUGGUGAAACGUCAAAUUCAUGGGCAGCUAACCUUUUUAGUGAAAUGUCACUUAACCCACCAAGUGGAGCCGAGGGUUCUACGACUAUGGGGAGCCCUAGUCGUUCAGAGUUACGAUAUAAUGCCGAAGAUAUUGUUCUUCCAAGAGAUCAACAGCCUGUAUUAGAUCGAACUCUAAUAAUUAUGCAGUGUCGGUUGAGGACUGCGAAAACAGAUAUGGAGGAUCUUAUAACUAGAUUGAAUCAAGAAGUUGCCGUCAAAGAAUUUCUUAUGACCAAGGUCAAAGAUUUGGAAGUUGAACUUGAAACUACUAAAGAGAAGAGUAAAGAAAACCUUCAACAUGCUUUGUCCCUUGAAAAAGAAAGGAUUACGAAAAUGCAGUGGGAUAUGGAAGAACUACGUCUAGAAUAUGAGAUCAAGUUGAAAUCUCAAGAGGAUGCUAAAUUACCGUCCGACUCCAUGGAUAGAUUAUCGGCUUUCCCAGAGAAGGAUCAACUGCUGCGGGAGUUGGAAACUACGAAAGACAAUCUUAAUACCUUGUUAAAGCAACAUGAAGAGCUAGAGGUGAAAUCUAAAUCUGAUAUCAAGGUGCUUGUUAAAGAGGUUAAAUCCCUAAGAAGAUCUCAAAUUGAGCUAAAACAAAAACUCAACGAUAAAAAAACCGAAGUGGAGCAACUCUUGCGGCAAGAGAUGGAGAGAAGUGAAAUCGCCGAGGCUGCAAAGACAAAGUUGUUGCAUGAUUGUCAAAUGCUGCAGAUUCCUCAGGAGUGUAACAUUAGUUUUGUAGAUGAUAAUUUUUCGGUUGAUUCAUCCUCUUUACAUGUCUUAGAUCUCCUAACAGAAUCCGACAAACAAAUCGCUUUUCUCUUGGCAGAGGUACAUGCCGACUGUUUUAAGCUUUUCUUUCAGAUCGAAUGUGUAGUGCAAUUUUUUUUUUUUUUUACUUUUUAGUUAUUUCAAAUUAGCACAGUACAAUCUUUUUUCCCUCUGUUCAUCAUCAUCAUUUUCCCUCUCGGACUCAAAUUCAAUGCUUCACUCCAAUAUUGAAGCUGCUGCAAUUGUUGGCUUGAACCCAUCGGAAAAUAUGGAUUCUGAUACGGGUACCCAAUCC